UCCCAACAGACACCCAACAGGUGCCCAACAGAAGACAGCGUCAUGGAGCACAGACCCACCAUCAGCAUGCCUGUCAACCUGAGGGGAAACUCCCAACAGACACCCAACAGGUGCCCAACAGAAGACAGCGUCAUGGAGCACAGACCCACCAUCAGCAUGCCUGUCAACCGGAGGGGAAACUCCCAACAGACACCCAACAGGUGCCCAACAGAAGACAGCGUCAUGGAGCACAGACCCACCAUCAGCAUGCCUGUCAACCGGAGGGGAAACUCCCAACAGACACCCAACAGGUGCCCAACAGAAGACAGCGUCAUGGAGCACAGACCCACCAUCAGCAUGCCUGUCAACCGGAGGGGAAACUCCCAACAGACACCCAACAGGUGCCCAACAGAAGACAGCGUCAUGGAGCACAGACCCACCAUCAGCAUGCCUGUCAACCUGAGGGGAAACUCCCAACAGACACCCAACAGGUGCCCAACAGAAGACAGCGUCAUGGAGCACAGACCCACCAUCAGCAUGCCUGUCAACCCGAGGGGAAACUCCCAACAGACACCCAACAGGUGCCCAACAGAAGACAGCGUCAUGGAGCACAGACCCACCAUCAGCAUGCCUGUCAACCUGAGGGGAAACUCCCAACAGACACCCAGUGACAGCAUGGUAACAUCAGAUAAUGAAGGUGAAGAUGAGUUUAGAGGGUGCACCAUUCUUGGUCAGUAUGACUUCAUGGAAGAUGCUGGAUCCGCCAGCUCCCUGUCCACCCCUCAGUCUGAGGGCGGCUUUAAACCCUCCGCUAACAUCGACCUCGGCAACACGGGCAUCCACCUGGACUGCGCCACACAGGUGGACCAGACCAUGCAUACUGAGGUGGACACCACAGGCAUGCAGGCCGGCACUCAGUCACCCAGGGGAACAGGAGCAGGACAGGGAAGCAGAAUAUCUCCUGAUGUGCCACCUGUCAAGCUUGACCUGUCAGUGAGUGGAUUGCAACCUCUCACCAGCUAUGGCAGUGGGGAGGAAGAUGAGGAGCAGGAGACAGAGCAGUCCAAGCAGAUGACAGACAUUCCAACAGGUGUGCAGGCGGAGAGAGACGUUUCUGCGGCCAAGGCGGAGGAGGUGUCUGUAGUAUCUGGUGCAGAGCCUGUCAGUGAAGAUGGUACAGCAGAGGCUGCAGGGGAAGGACAGAAUGGUGGAGUGGCUGAUGGAAUGAAGGAAGGUGUAGAAGAGACUGCCAACCGUCCCCACCCCUAUGAUGAGCGUCAGCCGGGUUGUUCCUCCAUACCAGACUCGGCCUACACUAGGAAGCGGAAAGUGCCCAUUCCAGAUCCACCCCCUCCUCCUAAAAGGGCAAAGCUGGAGACACUGACAGCUUAUCAAAGGAUGAGGGAGGAGGAGGAGGAGAUCAGGAAAAGAAACGAAUCGAGGAUUCGUGGAUUUGCAAAGUUUGCAGAGAGGUACAAGUCCAUGGGGGAGGACUGUGACAUUUUAGACUGGAGUUUAGGGCUGGUCGAGGACAGGGGAACAAUCAGGCGGAUGGAGAGGAUGCAGUUUGCGUUCCCUCAAUUCUUAGGAGAAGAAAAUGUUGUCAGUGUAUUAAGUGAUGAUGAUAAUGGGGAGGAGGCAGAUGAAGAUGAAGAGGAGGAGGAGGAAGAGGAGGAGGAGAAGAUGGAGGAUGAAGAAGAGGAGAAAGAGGAUGAAGAUGAGAAGGAGGAUGAAGAUGAGGAGAGGGAGGAAGAAGAUGAGGAGAAGGAGGAUGAAGCUCUGUUGGAUAUCGAUGCAAGCUCACCCCAUACCCCAGAUCUAGUGGCCAGAAGGAGAGGGAGAGGGAGGCCAAGGGGCCCAACAAGAGCAAGAGGUCCAAGAGUGAGGCUGUUAAGGCAUAUUGGGCCCAGAUAGCCUCGUUUACUUCAUCCACGAAGUCGGAGAGAGUGGCCCAGCUUCCUGGAAGAGGGUGGGAGGCAGGAUGAGGAGAAAAUAGAGGGUCGCUGUGUUCCUCACCUCAGCAGCUUACGGGCAGCAGGUCUGUCUAGGACUGUACAGGGUCGCUGUGUUCCUCACCUCAGCAGCUUACGGGCAGCAGGUCUGUCUAGGACUGUACAGGGUCGCUGUGUUCCUCACCUCAGCAGCUUACGGGCAGCAGGUCUGUCUAGGACUGUACAGGGUCGCUGUGUUCCUCACCUUAGCAGCUUACGGGCAGCAGGUCUGUCUAGGACUGUACAGGGUCGCUAUGUUCCUCACCUCAGCAGCUUACGGGCAGCAGGUCUGUCUAGGACUGUACAGGGUCGCUGUGUUCCUCACCUCAGCAGCUUACGGGCAGCAGGUCUGUCUAGGACUGUACAGGGUCGCUGUGUUUCUCACCUCAGCAGCUUACGGGCAGCAGGUCUGUCUAGGACUGUACAGGGUUGCUGUGUUCCUCACCUCACCCACCGUAGGAGCAGCAGGUCUGUCUAGGACUUCCCCGAAGUCUUGCACCUUCCGCCCUCCCUGUGUUACACAUAAAUGUUUGUACUAUAUUUGAAUUAUAUUCACCCAUGUUUUGAUUGAAGACCAGUUUAGUGUAAAUUUAUAUAUACGGAAAGAUAUCAGAACUUUAAAAAUGGCAAAUUACAGAGUCUGUCCAGAUUAUUGAGAAACUGUUAUCUUGGGAAUUUGUGAAAAAAAAAAUGUAAAAUCAUUUUUGGAAAUUUGUUGAGAAACUGUUAUCUUCAGUUGGGAAUUUUUGAAAGAACAAAGUAAAAUAUUUUUGGAAAUUUGUUGAGAAACUGUUAUCUUGGGAAUUUGUUGAAAAAAUGUAAAAUUAUUUUUGAAAAUUUGUUCAGAAACUGUUAUCUUGGGAAUUUUUGAGAAAGAAAAUAUAAAAUUAUUUUUCGAAAUUUGUUGAGAAACUGCUAUCUUGGGAAUUUGUGAAAGAAAAUGUAAAAUUAGUUUUGGAAAUUUCAAAAUUUAUCUUUUUUGUUGUUCCUUGAGGAUAACAAAUUCAGACUAGAAAAAGAUGCUGCACAUAUGCCUUAUCCCAUUUCAAUUACAAAAAACUUAACAAUGUGAUCAUUAAUGGAUUUAAUAGUUCUGCCUUCAGUUUAAGUGAUGUAUGUACAUGUAGGUGCACCUUACCACUCAACAUAUGGAGGCACAGGACGUCUCAUUACCAUGAUAUAUGCUGUCUUCCCAUUGUUGUAUGCAUAUUUUUCUAUACUGAAUAUUGCUACUUGUUUUAUAUGCCACUGGUCUUUAUACUUCCAUGCCCUUUUAUGGUGACUGGUGUUUUAUAUACCAGGUCUUUAUACCUUCAGGAAUGCCCUUUUAUUAUGGUGACUGGUGUUUUAUAUAUCAGGUCUUUAUACUGUCAGGAAUGUCCUUUUAUGGUGACUGGUGUUUUAUAUAUCAGGUCUUUAUACUGUCAGGAAUGUCCUUUUUUUGGUGACCACGGUUUUAUAUGCCAGGUCUUUAUACUGUCAGGAAUGCCCUUUUAUGGUGACUGGUGUUUUAUAUACCAGGUCUUUAUACUGUCAGGAAUGUCCUUUUAUGGUGACUGGUGUAUGAUAUACCAGGUCUUUAUACUGUCAGGAAUGUCCUUUUUUGGUGACUGGUGUUUAAUACAUUGUAUGCCCGGUCUUUAUAAUUGAAGAUUGCCUGUUUUUGGUGACGGGUGUUUGAUAUGACCGUCAGGUCUUCAUAUUUAAAUUUUGAGGGACUGGUUUUUUGAUACAUUGUAUGCCAGGUCUUUAUAUUCGAAUUCGAAGAUUGCGUGUUGUUUUUGGAGACUGGUGUUUGAUAUGACACGGGUCUUCAUAUUUGAGGAAGUGUCCUUCUUUGCUGACUGUUGUUUUAUAUGCCAUAUAUUGUUAUGUACAUGUAUAAUUAUGUUCAAAUUAAUGAGUCAGUUAGGUGUUUUACAUGUAUAAUUAUGGAGAAAUCGAUGUAUAUGUAUGUCUAUAUACAAAUAUCUGAUGAAACAGGUUUUUCUGAAAUGGUUAAUGGUCUGCAUGAUGAAGGUGCUACUGUCGUCAUUGCUGUUGUUGGGAUGGCUCCAGAUAACAGGAGACAGAAGCUGUUCUGAAGCCACUGUCAGCGCAGGGUUGGGAACAUGGGUCAUCCGAUAUCCUUGACAGAACAGUUGUGUACAACAUAGAAGCAGUGUGCAAGUGUUGGACAGGGAACGAUGGCAAGAUUGUGUGUAUGUUUCCAUAAACAUUUCAGCUUUUGUUAGCAGUGACAAGUGAGUCUUUUAAACUUAAAAAAAAAACUGAAAGUCAUGAGUGAAAUGUGCUGCAAGAGGACUGCUACUGGCUACUGCUACUAGUUGAUGGGUUACGCCUUUGCAGGCAGGAAGUAGAUUUGUUUUGGUCGCACCCAGCGGAGAUGACUUUGUCGUGAAUUUGUCUUUUGUUCUGUGGUUACCACAUUUGUUAUCCCCAAACGUUCAUUCCUGUCAUCCAUAUGAUGAAGUUUUGUACUAACACCAGGUGACCGUUUCAGUCCAUUUAGAUUCUAAAUCUUUUCAUCUAUCCUGCCAUUUAAAUGCAAAAACUAAGCCUAAAUCAGCAGACAAACCUUAGAUGCAUUGACCACCAGGGACAGCGCAGAUCCUGCCAUACUACUACAUUAUAAACACAGCCCAGCCUUUCCUUCUAUUUUAUCUGUCCAUUUUUGUACUUAUGUUAUUUUAUUAUUUUAAACAUUUCCAUGGAAGCUUACCUCCUACUGAGACCCAAUAAUGUAACACUGCAGCUUUUGUCCGAAUGGCAGCUCGUUCCAGACACUUGUGAGUGGCGCUGAAUGGCAGCUCGCUUCAGACACUUGCGACAAUCGUAUUGAGGUCACCUGAGUGGCGCCGAAAGGC